ACCGACUCCGCCUAAAUCUGUUGGGAUGGAGAGAGGAGGAGCGCAGCAGUCGACCAGGAGAGAGGGAGUCUAAUAAAGCAGGCAAAAUUGCCGGAGAACCAGACCAACUGCGAUUAAACCCACAGAGCCACACCGGGGUCUGAGACUAUGAUGUGGGAAUGCUUAUCGUGCAUUCAGCGCGUCCGUUGCGCGCCUGAUGAAGUUGCUGAGGAGACUCGGCGGCGCGUGUAAAGAAGCUGAAGGUUUCUCACCUAUUAUAAAGUACAUCAUUAAAAAAAAAGAAAUCGCGUAAUUUCAGCACUUGAUUCAGAGACAGCUCCGGCGCGUCAGCUUACCUACAUGGACCUUUCCAGGUGUUUCAAAACACUUUACGCGUUUAAACCUUAGAACUGAUUGGUCUUAUUUCGUGUUCAUGUAACUGAGAUCCAUAGUCUGGAACCUUCAAUUUGAUUCUCCACUAAAUAUGUACCAGGGGCACUUGCAGUUUCAUUCACAUUCCCCAAGAUAAGAUAUGUUAAUGGAAAAUGGGCUCUGGAAUGGGGAAAGACGCUAGGGCUGCAGAUAAGACCGUUGCCAUGGUCCUGAAGGAGAUACCCAAUAAGGCGUCCUCAGAAGGCAAACCCCUCCUCACGAUGACAAACAAGCUGGUGAGUGAGCAACAAGAGAGCCGUCCCUUGCUGAGCCCCUCCAUUGAUGAUUUCCUUUGUGAGACCAAGUGUGAUGGAGCUGCCCGUCCAGUAACCUCCAACACAGCAGUACUGUCCUCGUCUUUGGACCUGCUGGAUCUGAGUGAACCCAGCGAGAGAAGACACAGCAAAGACAGGAAGAGUCCUCUUUCCUCUAAGGGCACACCGUACAGGAAGAAGCCUGAUGAAACGGAGCUGAUUCAGGUGGACGUUGAACAGAGUAUACCCUGUUCUCGCGCACCUGAGAAAGUUUCUCUUGAUUUAGUUGCAGUUCCAUCUUCUUUGGAGAAAUGGGAGGAACUCAACCCACAUCCAGAGAGAAAUGGAAGCAGAAAGUGGAAACUUGAGAGAAGACGUUCAUCAAAAAACUCGGAAUUUGUGUGGUCUAUGGAUUGCAAGACCCAGCCAGACACCACAGCCCCCAGGAACUCCCUGGAGGUAAAUAAUAAAGCAGAGGCAGAGGCAGCACAAGUAACUCAACUCAACAGGCAAUUUGUUAGUGGAAGACAUGGCCGUCUGAGCAAAGACCAAAGGUAUGGCAGCACACUCCUGUCCAGGAAUCAGUCUCUGGAGGAGGAGUUUGAGAGAGCAAAAGCUGCAGUGGAGUCCGACACAGAGUUUUGGGAUAAGAUGCAGGCGGAGUGGGAAGAGCUUGCACGCAGGAACUGGCUAACAGAGACUGAUCAACCACUGAUUCCUUCCAAUGUGUCUCCUUAUGAAAAGGGAUACUACUUCCAUACAGAUAACCCUUUUAAAGACUGGCCUAAUGCAUUUGAGGAGGGAUUACGGAAGUCAAAAGAAGGAGACCUGCCUAACGCCGUACUGCUUCUGGAAGGAGCCGUUUUGCAGGACCCUCAGGAUUCAGAGGCUUGGCUGGUGCUGGGAACCACUCAAGCAGAGAAUGAGAAUGAGCAGGCAGCGAUUGUCUCCCUCCAGAGGUGUCUGGAGCUCCACCCCAACAACCUACUGGCUCUCAUGGCCCUGGCAGUGAGCCUGACCAACACAGGCAUGAGGCAGGAAGCAUGUGAGGCACUGCUGGGCUGGCUAAGGCACAACCCAAAAUACAAAUAUCUUCUAAAGAGCCGUGCACACCUGCAGGUCUCACCAGGCCCACGGAGACUCUCUUACUGUUCCUCUACUGGCUGCCCCCUGCUUCCUGAGGUGAAGGAACUCUUCCUUGAAGCUGCCCAGCAGAGCUCGGACAAUAUCGACCCCGACCUACAGACAGGGUUGGGAGUUCUGUAUAAUCUCAGCUCUGAGUUCAACAAAGCAGUGGAUGCCUUCAAUGCAGCACUGUCAGUGCGACCUGAGGACUACCUGCUGUGGAAUCGGUUGGGGGCGACGCUGGCUAAUGGAGAUCGAAGUGAGGAGGCUGUGGAGGCCUAUACCAGAGCCCUGGAGCUGCAGCCCGGCUUCAUCCGCUCACGUUACAACCUGGGCAUCAGCUGCAUUAACAUGGGGGCUCACAGGGAGGCAGCGAGUAACUUUCUGACAGCUCUCAGUCUUCAGAGGAAGAGCAAGAGUCGUCAGCUUUCACACCAGGUCAUGUCCGGAAACAUCUGGGCUGCCCUGCGGAUAGCACUGUCCAUGCUGGAUCAGCCAGAGCUUUUUCAGGCUGCCAACAUCGGAGACCUGGAUUUACUCAUGAGAGCUUUUAACUUGGAUAUGUGAGCGAGAAUACCCUUUAACCGUGACGAAAAUCCAAAGUCUUUCAUGGGAACGGUGCAGACCACCUUUUCCGCAGAACACCUUUACAUUCCUGAGAACUGAGUGCUGGUUUGAUACUCUUUUAACAGAUUUGCACUUCAGUUAAAGAGCACAAAAGUGAGGAGAAGAUUGUAGAAGUAUGCCUUAUAGAGAAAAUAUCAGCAAGAUUUGCAAUGUUACCAAUGGAAGCCAGUGGAAAACUUGAUUAGUCUCAAAAAUUUUCAAGCAACUUUCACUUUUGAACAGAGGACCCUACGCUUUACAUUUACAAAAAUAAUGCUUCAACCCUCAGAGAACCUUACUGGCUACCGUAUAUAGAGAUGUACUACAUACAGUAGACUCCUUGAAUUGCUUCAAUUGCACUUUUUAUUUGAGAUGGUGGGGUUAUUUUAGUAGAGACAGGAGUAUUUCGUUCAACCCUUGACCUGAUCUCUGCUGCUUCAUCCCCUUUAUUUCCUCGAGCUUGCCGGACGGAUUACAAAGCCUUACUUUUCAUGCAUGUAAUAAUCAGAUUAAAGCCAUUCCUUGCCAUACUUUGACCUCUUGAUAUAACUGGACAAAAACUAUAUUCCAUCCAAGAUUUUUGUAAAACAUCGUUGAAAUGUUACAAUCUUACGAUCAGCAGGGAUAUCUGAUUUACUGCCCCUUCUGCCACAAUUAUCAGAGAAAUGUUUAUGUUGUUUUUUUUAAGAAGAAAACUGCCCAAAAUUGAAGCCAAACGCUUUUUGAAUUAAUGUCAUGUUUUAUACCCAAUAAUUUAAUUAAACGCUGUAGUUUAAAAUUGUUAAUGUCAAGCUUACAUUACAUUUCAUUUUGCUGGAUAUUUUGAACUUAUAAGUGCAUGUACGGAAGAGAGGAAUGAUUGUAAAGUGCUAUGCAAAUCUUUUAGAUAAUUUUUGUUUCUUCAUUCACCCAUGUUUCAACCCAUGGUUGGGUAAAAUAUAAAACAUUUCUAGGUUCAUUUACUGUAGGCUGUUGGGUUUAUCCAUAUUUUACCCAACCAUGGUUCAAAGGGGUCAUAGUGUGAAAAUCUGACUUUUUCCAUGUUUUAGUGCUAUAAUUGGGUCCCAAGUGCUUAUAUUAACCUAGAAAACGUGAAAAAGAACAACCCAGUAACUUUGUUUGGGUAAGCCAUUUUCUGCAAGCAUGUGAAAAAUUAGAUCGUUCAGAUUUCGCCUGUGUGUAAGGUAGGAAGCAAGGCCAAUUACAAAAAUACUGCACCUUAUUCUGCACUAUCCAACCACAGCACUGCAAUUUAGUGCAGAGAGAAAUAGAGAGAGAGAGAGAGAGAGAAAGAGAAAGAGACAGAAAAUAAUUGACAGCACAAUUAAGUUUGAAUUGCAACAAACCACCAUCAUUGCGAUCAGUGUUUGCAUUUCAUCCGCUCAUUUGCAUUUUAAAGGACACACCCACUCACACCUACAAAGUGGCAAUUUUAACGUGCCAAAAUUAAUUAUCUGUGGGACAUUUUGAGCAAAAACUUCACAUACGCAUUCUGGGUACAGCAAAGACGUAUUUUACAUCGUUAUAAAAAUCUCACAAUAUGACCCCUUUAAAACAACCCUAUUUUUUGGAGUGCAGAAUCAUUAAGACUUAAUUUGCUUGCAUCUAACACACAAUGUGAUAUACAAAGCAUGGUUUAAAAAGGUGUAAGUCUGUCUGACUGCAGUAGGUCUCUCUAUUUUAUUAAGCAUUUGUUUUAAUGUCUUAUUUAAAAAGACAUCUUAAUCCAGCUGAUUUUGUUACCAUAUAAUUUUAUUAUUUCCAAAGUGCAAGAAGUUAUUUUAAUAAUGUUAUUGAAAGCAUGCAAAUCCAUUUAAUAAGCACCCACUUUCAAGUGUUAUUUAUUUCUAUAUUUAUUGAAUUACUCUGCUGUGUAUUUAUUAUUCUGUAUCCAAAACUAUUUGGAAAGCCCUGUAUAUGCUCAUGAAUAGUCGGCACAGGCAUAUGCUUUGUAGCAGAAUGGUAGAUACUGUACUGUAGAUUAUAUGAUGCCUGAAGCCAAACCUUUUUCUAGAAUUUUGUACAAUCUCAGGUGUGAUCGUCUAGAUGAAGUCAUAAAAAAAUAAUCCUGACCGCAUGCCGAAUAUACUUAUUUUUGAAUGCCGUAGAUUUCUUUAUAUGCAUGAACUUGACAUGCCUAUUUUAAUCAAUACCUUUCAUUUUUAUGACUUAUAUAUAUUAUAUAAUCACACUAUUUUGCAUUUCGAAAUGUAAAUCGAUCUGAAGAAUGGCAUAUUAACCAUACAAUAUACAGAAAUAAGCAUUUUGCAAUGCAGGUGGUAAUCUAAGACAUUAUUGUUACUUAUAUUUACUAUUCUUGCAACGAUUUACUAAAGCCUUUAGAGGUCGCAUCAUUAAUUAGAGUCAUAAUGUUAUACUGUCAGUUGUACAUUAUGCAUUGAUCAGAACUUUGUUUCUGAAUUUGUACACGCAAACUUGAAUGUUUGCUAAAUGCUUUAUUAAUUUUGGCCUUUGAUCUUGCACCUGGUCAAGACAUUUUUGGAUGUGCUUAUUUUGAUUUCUCUUGAUUAAUUUUGGUGCAAUACAUGAAAAUGGCAAAAACGUUGUAGAUGAUCCAUAUACAAAAGAUAUGUUUUAAAAUAAAAUAUUGUUUUAGA